AUGAAGCCCUUUGUGAAAGCGGUACCCAUUGUGCGUUAUACGUUCUUGUCUCCCAUUUCUCGUAAGGAUUACGAAGGCUUUGAUAUGAGGGAAGCAAAAGCAAACAUAUAUACAAAAAAAACAAUGAUAGGGCGAGAGUGGGUGAAGAAAAAAGGGAAAGGGAAAAGAAAUGAUAAGGAUAACAAGUACCCUAAUAGUAGCAGUCAUUUAAUAAUUAGAAAACAUGAAAAUGUUUUUGUUGGUAAAGGAAAAUGCAAAAAUAAUGGAGGAAGUCUAACGCGACAAAUUUUACCGAUGGGGAAUGCGAUCAUUGGAAAUCGUCGUGAAAACAUGAAAUGA